AUGGUCAGUCGGGUGGUGAUGCCGAUGAGGGGCGACGGAGGGGGCGACGGGAGGGGCGCCGAGGGCGCCCGACCGGUGAGCACCGGAUCGGGGGUCGCGGCUAGGCCUCACGUCGGUGGCCGCUUCUGGGCAUUGGCCGGUGCCGACGAGGAUGACGCAGACGGGGAAGAGGAUCCAGAGGCCACUCCACCAACGCCCACUCCAUCGGACCUCUUCUGCGAGUUCUUCAAUGCGGGAUACGACGAGGACGACGUAGCCUCGACGGUGGAUCGGGUCUUGCCGGUGGAGGAUCAGGCAAGGGUUGGCCUUCAUGCGAGCGAGAGGACGGAGAUGGUUAGACGCGUAGUGCAUCGGCGAACGGCGGCGACGACACUCCGGCCAUGGAAGGGUCCCCUUCCCAAGGUUCUAUUCCGAGCUACGGCUUUGAUCCGUUUGUGGUCGUCACUCACUCCGAUGGAGGCCAGGGAGUAUUUGGUUACUGGGUCUACCCGAUGGGAGAUGGCUGCUCGGGUUAUCUUCAACCGGUUUGGAUGGCAGUCAUGUAAUAGGAUAGGCAAUUAGUUUUCCUAUCUUCUUUAGCCAGCCGGUUGUGGCAUUUUAUUUCUGGCUAGUCUGUGUGUCGAUAUGGGCUGCAUUUUCUUUGUUUGAUUUUGAGACUAUGGAACCUUGUAUGCACACUUUGCUGCUUUGGUUAAUAAGAGGGCCGUAUGCAUCAUUCUUGAUGCAGAGGCCGGGGUACCCCCUUUUCGAAAAAAAAA